AGAGAGAGAGAGAGAGAGUGAGAGAGAGAGGUAUGCUUAAGGGACAUUUCACAAGGCCUCCACCACAAGAUAACAUAGGCCGAUUGGAUAAGUUAAGGACAAAGUUGCUGAAAAUUCUUCAGUUCCCAGCUUCCAGCCAGGCAACUUUCUGUGUCCUCCUGUCACCCUUCCUCAUUCCUGUGUGUGUGCGUGAGUGUGUGUGUGUGUGUGUGUGUGUGUGUGUGUGUGUACCUGUUACUCUUACAAAAGUAUUCUAAUAAGGACACUAUCCUGUAGGCCAGGGCCCCACCCUUUUGACCUCAGUUAACUUUAAAUGUCAUCCUUAGUGGUUCAGCCUCCCAGUGGGUUAGGAACACAAACCUCGUUUAGAAUACAUACACAGCACUUCUCAGGCAAUACUGAUGGUAAAUAAAUAAAUAAAACAGAGGAAAGGGGGGGGGGUUCAGAGCAUACUGCUGGGUAGAGAACUUGGGAGAGAAACAGCGGCAAAUGGGGGCACGCUCUUGAGAGGCAUAGCCUGAUAACAAGGAUAUUAUGUACACACUGAAGGCUGGAGGCAUGUAGCCAGGUGACAUUCACCUUGUUUUGCCUCCGUGACUGGGAUUUGAAGUCAGGGGCAAGUCCAGAUUUCAGUGUAUAAUUUACAUUAUAAUAUCAGCUAUUCUGCUGCUGGAACCCUAGAGUUUGGCUGGAAGGCAGCCCCUAAGCUCUCCCAGUCAACAGAUCCCAGGCUUAUAAGAAAGGAGGGGGCUUUCCUCUCGUAAGGUUCUUGUCCCUACCUAUAAAACAGCCCUGCCCAAUCUCUGGCUGCACAGGGGACUUUCACUGUGGCUCUAAGGAGCAAAGCCCCUGCCCAGAUGCCCUGCGAGCUGUGUCCUUGUGAGGUCUGUGCUCUGAACCCCAGGCCAAGAACCUGGGGAGCCAGGUCAAAGGAGGACAUGGCCUGUGGGCUUGUAUCAGCCACCACUACCUUCCAUGACCCAGUUUAAGUCUCCAUGGCAUCUGCUGCCCAGGCAGGAAACACAUCAACACAAGUGGGGGGAGGAGAGCGGAGGAGCUAUUUGGGGCAGGAGACAGAUUAGGAAACAGACAUUGUUCCCUGCGGAUCGCAGCCUUGCCUUUUUCCCUUUUGGAUUUCAGCUCUGCCCUGAUUCUUUCUUGCAUGAGACCAGUUGGAUCACUGCGUGCAGUGCUUCAGAAGUUCAAUUCCAGAUCUGGAGACUGUGGGAUCGGGGUGCAAGGCUGGAGAGGGCCCUGACCUUGUAUUUCCAGGAGAGCCUGCCUGAUAACUGUCCAUCUUCCCGGAGAUGAAAGUGCUGGGACAGCUGAGAAAGGUGGACCUAGACUGAGGGUUCAGUAACCCUUCUCUUGGGCCUCUCACAACUAUUUGAAUCCCUGAGGUGGAAUUAGGAAGGUUGACAGCUAUGAGGGCAGGGCCGAGCUCAGUUAGGGAGGAGCUGGAAUUUCAACACUGAAAACUUGGAUGAAGACAUUUUGAUGUUGGCAUGAACAUCAUGGACAUUGUAGCAACUAAACAGACUAGCCAAAGCAAUCAGCCAUGAGGGUAGAGAGACUCUCUCCUUCCUAGACCCAGGGAAAGCCACAGGGGUGAAGAAGGGGCCAUCAGUGGGAACUGGGCCAGUGACAGCACUGUGACCUAAACAGGAAGGGGAGAGGAAAUAAAUACCCCACUGGCCCUCUCACUUCCUGCUCUGGUGCUUUGGUUACUGCUUUCUGGAGGGGGGGGUGCGUCUGACAGCAUCCAGUUGCUCAGGCCUUAGGAGACAGCCCUCUAGGACCCUGGUAAGAACAGCAAAAAGAUCUGAAGAGGGAGAACUGGGUCAAAUGGAGAAGUAAGAGCCAGCAUCUUCUAGAACUUUCUUGUGGUGGGUGAGUUGGCUGCUGAGUCGAGCUGACUCAGGACUAAGGAGGACACCUGUGAUUAAGCGUCAUGGUAUGGUAUGCACUGUGCUGUGCUUGGAACCAGCGAGUGCUAGCUCACCCCUCCUGGCAACGCUCUGCCGAUUGGUGGGUCACCAUAUCAGAGACUGUAUUUUAACUGAGUGCCUUCUCUGUAUUGCCAGCUCAGAGUGUGGUGUGAGACCCCUGUAUGAUAGCAGAAUUCAAUACUCCAGGAUCAUAGAAGGGCAGGAGGCUGAGCUGGGUGAGUUUCCAUGGCAGGUGAGCAUUCAGGAAAGUGACCACCAUUUCUGCGGCGGCUCCAUUCUCAGUGAGUGGUGGAUCCUCACCGUGGCCCACUGCUUCUAUGCUCAGGAGCUUUCCCCAACAGAUCUCAGAGUCAGAGUGGGAACCAAUGACUUAACUACUUCACCCGUGGAACUAGAGGUCACCACCAUAAUCCGGCACAAAGGCUUUAAACGGCUGAACAUGGACAACGACAUUGCCUUGUUGCUGCUAGCCAAGCCCUUGACGUUCAAUGAGCUGACGGUGCCCAUCUGCCUUCCUCUCUGGCCCGCCCCUCCCAGCUGGCACGAAUGCUGGGUGGCAGGAUGGGGCGUAACCAACUCAACUGACAAGGAAUCUAUGUCAACGGAUCUGAUGAAGGUGCCCAUGCGUAUCAUAGAGUGGGAGGAAUGCUUACAGAUGUUUCCCAGCCUCACCACAAACAUGCUGUGUGCCUCAUAUGGUAAUGAGAGCUACGAUGCUUGCCAGGGUGACAGUGGGGGACCGCUUGUCUGCACCACAGAUCCUGGCAGUAGGUGGUACCAGGUGGGCAUCAUCAGCUGGGGCAAGAGCUGUGGAAAAAAAGGCUUCCCAGGGAUAUAUACUGUAUUGGCAAAGUAUACCCUGUGGAUUGAGAAAAUAGCCCAGACAGAGGGGAAGCCCCUGGAUUUUAGAGGUCAGAGCUCCUCUAACAAGAAGAAAAACAGACAGAACAAUCAGCUCUCCAAAUCCCCAGCCCUGAACUGCCCCCAAAGCUGGCUCCUGCCCUGUCUGCUGUCCUUUGCACUGCUUAGAGCCUUGUCCAACUGGAAAUAAAACAAUGCAGUCUCUGAUCCACCCUAACCCUAA